AUGGAGAGGAUUCGCUUCAUACUCAGCACUUCAGCUGACUUUUUCAACGCAAAUCAGUCUAGUGAUGAUAGUACAGUUCGAGCUUUCUUCGAGAGUGAAGAAAUCACUCUUCUGGCUGCCACGGCUUUGGACAAGACGAUAGCAUUUCAUCAUAGAAUCCCUCAAGAUUGCGACAACUGCUUACUCUACUACAAGAUUCCUAAACUCAACAAGAAUCGCGAGGAAAACCCAGAAAACGCCUCAAUUGGUCUACUCUCCCUCGAAGGAGGAAUGGUCAAGUCUAUCUACAAUUCCGUGUCCAGAAUCUUCUCCCCAAAUGUUUCUCAAAGAUCUCUAUACACGCCAGAAAUUGCCAAUAUCAUUGACAACCUUCAAACAACCCUUGGUUCGACAUUAGGCUUUCCCGAGUCCGGAAUAGUGACCCUUCAUGACGAAGUCAACUAUUGGCAACAGAAAUCUACGCAAUCAUCAACCAAAUCUGACAGAGACAAAGCCAAAUCUUUCGCAAAUCUCUUGGAAAAAUUGGACACAGAAAUAAGAAGGGAGGACGUUCGUUCCUUGAGUAAUCUCGAAGAAUUCUUGGACAACGCUCAUACAACCCUCGAUGAAGUCUGGCGCCUUCCUGGCCAUUUCCCCCAAAAUCGCAUGUCAGACGUAAUGGAUGUGAUAUGCUUCAGCGUUCUGGAGAUAUGCAUUGAAAAUCUCAAUGGGGAAGACGUCUGGAGUCUAGACAACCUACACGUGAAUACAGCAUUCGCGCACAUUGGCGAAAUUGCAGACAAUUGGAUCCAGAUCUGCGACUCUCUGACUCGUCUUUUUUGGCCCAACUAUGCCCAACAUCCCUGGCUAGGAGAAGCUCAUAUCCCUCGUCAGGCUCAAGCUUUCAAAUCGCGCUUGGAAGAAGUCAAGAACAUCAAAAAUCUCUACAGACAAAUCUCCUCCCUAUUCAGUGACAACUCCCACUUGAUCGAUUCAGUCAACAGGAUUUUCCAACCAUUUAGAAGAGUCAACAUCUUAGAUAUCCAACCACUUGGAGAAAAACGUUGGCGUUCAGCCUUGGUUCAGUUUGAAAAGAUCCUCGAACCAAUUGAUGAAAAGAUCGCCAAUGUCCUGAAAGGAAAGCUUCAUCGGCAUCUGGACAACCCACGUCAAGUGGUUUAUAUCUUCUCAAAAUUCGACAUAAUCUCAACACGUCCAAUGGUUUUGGAGCUUCUAACAGCAGAGAGGGAGCAUUUUCUGCAAUCCCUUCAGCUACUUAUCAAGGAUCUCAGAGUAGCUCUAAGCCAAAGCGGAGAUUCGGUCAACGAAAACAGUCACAUCUCUCCAAUUUGCUGGGAAUGCCGUUGGCUUCGAGUGGUUGAGCAUCAAAUCGAUGAGAUCAACAAAAUCUCACACGUGGUCGCAAAUCAAGAAAACCACGCGAGUGUCUUCAAAGAAUUGUCUGACUUGAAGGCAGAAACUCUGAAUCUUCUGAAAGUUAACUUUGAUUCUUGGUGUGAUCAGUCGCUAGCAGCUGUUAAAAGUGGCGAACUAACCCUCAAAGAUGACAGAUCUGUUGUGGAAUUCGAAAAGAGUGGACGACAACUCAUGAGAGUAACCUUCAAUCCUAAACUAAUCUCAUUCUGCUACGAUGUUCGCGAAUUCGAACGUCAGGGUUACAAAAUCCCCCUAGAACUCAGAGAUUCUGCAUCACAUGCUGUCAAGUUCAUGUCCUACGCCAGGUUGUUGCAGCAAGUAGCUACAUUUCACAACACCAUUGGCGACAGGAUGAUUCCUUGCCAGAGACCAAUAAUGCUGAAGAACGCUGUUGAACUAUCCAAUCUCGUUCGAAGUGAAUCCGUUGCAUGGAACGACGAAGAAUCCGUAAAGAGAUACAUUGGGGUACUUCAAACAGCUGUUCAGAAGCUAUCAAAAGACAAUGCCAUACUAGCUGGAUACCAUGAGCAAGCAAAGCGAAUCAUAGUCAAGCUUAUGUCAACAGAUCUUCAACGUCAAGCUCAGAUUUGGAAGGAUGAGAUGCGACAUCUCAGAGACUUGAUUGCACAAAUUGAAAGUCAGGGCUAUACAAAUCUUGAUGCCUUUAAGCUUCACCUUGAUCAUCAACUAUACAAAGUCUUGGAGUAUCAGUACGUAUCCGGUAUACUCAAUCUCAAUAACAAACUUCCUGAUAUCUACAUUGACAUCGUGUUCAGACAGCAACAACUUCAAUUUCGACCUCCUCUUGAAGAAAUCCGAGCAAAAUACUUUCUUCAACUGAGAAAGUUCAUUGAGCGUCCACUAAACUUUCGAGGACUCUCAGAACGUAGCGUUGAGCUCUUUAAGAUAAUGGUCGAACGCAAUAGACACUACUUCGGUCAACUCUACAGAAAAGCCGAAGAUCUCUUCGAAAACCUUCAACGUCAUCGUGAUUCCUGGUUUUCCUGGGUGGCUCUUGGAUGUGUCGAUCUCGAUGAACUAUGCAAAAUUCAUCUAUCGACUUGGCAGGAUUGGGAUAGAAACUUCCGCUCUUGCAAACAAUUCAGUCAGCAAGUGGCUAAGAUCCAGAAUUCUGAAGAACGAAUUGACUGCAUCGUUAUUAAUCUCUCUCCACUGAGGUCCGAUAUUGAGUUCAUUAGCCGGAGGUAUUGGGAAGCCUUGACCAACAGUCUCAGAUCUUCAAUUCUAGACGACAUAUCAACGUUGGAAGAUUUCUUGAAGACAUCCCUUCAAGUGCUUCAGAAUAUCCCUAUGGACGAGAAUGGUAUUUCGGAAGCAGGAGCGAAAUACGAAAAGAUCACCAGUGAGCUACCUAAAAUGACUGAACUCAUAAAGUCCGUGCAAGGUAAAGACACUUGCCUUGCUGGAUGGUGCAAAGAGAGAGUUACUUCUUUAGCGAAUAUCCUGGUUGGCUGGGAUCAGCUUCAGCCUUUAAUUGACAAUCACCACACGGUUCUUCAGCAUCAAAUUGACAUAAUGAAAGAUCACCUAACGGGGCAGAUUGAGAAUCUCGCAGAAGAAGCUGAGAAAUUCUUAAUUCGUUGGGAAGCUACUCUUGCCGAAAUGGAAGCUAACGAGAAAGCUGAUCUUGGUGUUUUCCGAGAGCGUCAACAGCAAUGGAAAUCUCUGAAGGAGAAAAAGGAACAGCUGGAAGCCAACUGCGAAAAGUUCAACGUUCCCCUUCCGACCAAAGUCGAGGAAUCUUUCAAGAAGGUUCAACAAGAUGUCACGAAGCUUGGAAAGCAAUGGGAACACUUUGAAAAAUUCACACGAGAAUUUGAUGAAAUUGGAGCUGAAGAGUGGACUGUUUAUCGCAGGAGACCCUAUAUCCUUACAGACUUACUGACCAAAUGGAAAAACGACCAGUCAAUUCCAGUAACUUCAGCAACAACGAGAAUCCAUCAGAUGAUAGAAAUGUGUCAGAAUAUUGUACCGGUACUUCAGAGCCUACAAUCAGACGCUCUAACUGAAAAACAUUGGGCCAGGAUCUUUCAUCUCCUUGGAAAAUCGCCAAAACCUACGCAUGACAUUCUCCUCAAGGAUAUUCUGAGUUCUGGAGAAAGUCUAUCUCAACAGACCACAGAGAUUCAAUCUAUUGUCCGACAAGCAUCUUCGGAGCAAAUUGUUCGGCAAGCUUUGACAGAGCUAGAACAAUGGGGAGUAACUGCAUCUCUGAAACUGACACCCCAUAAGGAUUCCAAGGGACAGGAUGUAUCUUUGAUCAGAGAUUUCCAAGAGAUCCUCAAUAAAAUCGGUGACAACCAAUGCCUCUUGCAAUCUGCAAAAAAUUCAGCAGCCUUUGAAGCAUUUUCUGACCAAGCUGAAAUCUGGGAAGGACGUUUAGCAUCACUGGAUCGAAUCCUUACAAGCUUAAGUCAGAUACAAAGAAAGUGGAUCUACCUGGAACCUAUUUUCAGUUGUGGUACCCUUCGAAGUGAAGAACUCGUCUUCUCACGGAUUGACAAAGAUUUUCGUUACAUUAUGCGCGAGAUUGUGCAAGAUCCUAGGGCCUUGAGUGUAUCAAAAAUACCUAACAUCCUCAACGUGAUUGAAUCCUUAGAAAAUCAAUUGUCUCGCUGCCAAAAUACUCUGACAGCAUACAUCACUAGCAAGAGGAACGCUUUCCCGAGGUUCUACUUUCUCGGGGAUGAUGAUCUACUUGAGAUUCUUGGACAAGCUUCUAAGGAAGCGAUAUUGCAAAAGCACAUAAAGAAACUUUUUCCAGGAGUUCAUCGCUUGGGUAUAUCAACCCGCGAUGGAGAACUCCUCAUCGAAAGUAUUCACAGCGCUGAAGGAGAUUCUGUUCGACUGAGAAAUAUCAUCCAUAUAACCGGAUCUGUUGAAGAAUGGCUCAAUCAACUUGUGAUUGAAAUUAAGUUUACCCUUAGAGAACUUGUUCGAAAAUGCGUUGAAAUCAAGGAUUUCACUGAAGAGCAUAUCCAGGAAUUUCCUAUACAAGUUCUGACUCUGGCAAGGGCCAUCUCGUUCACUCGAUUAACUGACAAAGCCAUAACUUCAAUGACUAUUGGCAAUCUUCUAAAAUCCACUCGCUCAGACAUUGAGAGAUUCACAGCAAUGGCAGCUACAACACAAUCAACUCUUACUCAAUUAAAGAUUCGAUCUCUUCUAGUGGAUCUUGUACAUCAUGCUACGAUUCUUGAAGAUCUUCAGAAAAACAAUGUAACCAACAUACAGGAUUGGUUAUGGUUGCAGCAACUGAAGUUCUAUAUCGAUAAGAACUCAGCUACAGCUACAGCCAGGAUGGUUUACACAGAAUUCGAAUACUCGUAUGAGUUUCUUGGAAAUCCCAGUAAACUCGUCAACACUUCCCUAACUCAUAGGUGCUAUCUAACCCUAACUCAAUCUAUGCAUCUAGGCUUAGGAGGAAAUCCAUUCGGACCAGCAGGAACAGGAAAAACUGAAUGCGUUAAAGCCCUUGGAGCUAUGCUAGGUCGCCUAGUACUCGUAUUCAACUGCAACGAAAAUGUGGAUAGUGCAGCAAUAGGGCUUAUUCUUUCGGGAUUGGCAAGAUGUGGAGCAUUUGGCUGUUUCGAUGAGUUCAAUCGUCUUCAAGAGGCAACUCUCUCAGCCAUAUCAAUGCAAAUUCAACCACUACAGCAAGCGCUUAAAGAGAAACGAGACACUGUGACAAUUUUGGAUGAACCGAUUCCUCUAAAUCCGCACUGUGGAAUUUUUGUAACACUCAACCCUGCUGGCGAAGAGUACGGAGGACGACAGAAACUUCCAGCCAACAUUCAGAGCCUAUUCCGGCCUAUAGUAAUGCAGGAACCUAAACCAAAAGAAAUCGCAAGGGUUCUGCUCUUUGUCGAAGGAUUUGAGAACGCCGAUGAAAUUGGGGAACGAAUGGUGGAACUCUUUACACUAGCUAAAAAGAUCCUAUCUCCUCAACGACACUACGACUGGGGCCUUAGGGAACUAAAAACUGUGCUAACUGCUUGUGGAAAAUCUUUGCGAGAGAGGAGAUCUUCAACUCUAACGGUUCAGGAAGAAAUGGAAAUAGCUGUCAACGCCGUAAGGUCCAAUACCAUGUCGAAGCUAACUUUAGAGGAUUGUAGGCUCUUCGAUGGUUUAAUUGAGGACGUCUUUCCUGGAAUUGGAGUAACGGACUUCAGAGAAAAGAACCUACAAAAUGCACUUGAGGAAAGUUUCAAAAGCUCCGGAUUAGUUCACAAUGAAAGGCAAAUUGAAAAGUGUCUUGAACUCCAGGAGCAGUUGUCAAAGCGAAUGGGCGUUGUAGUUGUUGGACCUCCAGGUUCUGGGAAAACAACCUUGAUCACAGUCCUUAAGCAAGCUCUAAUGAGCCUUGGAAAAGUCAUUCGCACGUACACUAUCGCUCCGAAGAGUAUGAGUCGAAAGCAACUACUAGGUCACCUAGAUCCUGACACUAGACAGUGGAACGAUGGUGUCCUUACUACAACAGCAGUAGCCGUUAACGCUGAAGAUGCUUCAAUUCAGUCUUGGAUCAUUUGCGAUGGUGAUGUUGAUCCAGAAUGGAUUGAAGCUCUUAAUUCUGUGUUGGAUGACAACAAACUCCUAACCUUGCCUUCUGGAUGGAGAAUACAAUUCGGGAACAACGUAAACUUUGUCUUUGAAACCCAUGAUCUCAGUCACGCUUCGCCAGCUACAAUCUCUCGUAUGGGAAUCAUUAACCUAAGUACUAGAGAUCUUCCUGGAAAUCUACUGCUUGAUUCCUGGCUCCAACGUCAAUCAAAUGCUGAGACCCUAAAGCGCUUCUUAGACCAAUAUUUAAGACGAGCUAUGUCUUGGAUCGAAAAGAAUGUAUCCCGUCCCGUUGAAACAGUUUCCAACAACAUGAUCCUUUGUGCACUUCAAGCUAUUACAGAUACAGCCAGCAAAGACGAGUUCUGCGUGGAAAUGGUUCAAGGAUUAGGAGCUUCUUUAACAAUUGAAGACAGGAAGAAAUUUUCUCAGCAGAUUUUUGAAUGGGCAGAUAUCUAUCUAGCUAAUCGAGCUGAGGCUGAACUCGUAAAUUACAACUCAUUCAGGGAUGCUAUAGAAAUCCAUGAACUAGAAGUAUCGGCAGGACAUACAGCUGAUAAAUCCCUAAUUAAAACCCCAAUUGCUAAAGCGAAUAUGGAUGUCUUGAGGAAUUUCUUAAAAGGAGACUCAAGAGCUCCGUUCUUAAUAGUUGGCCCAGCAGGAUGCGGUAAGACUUUGCUUUUGGAGACAACGGUGAUGGAGUUUCCUGGUUACCAGCUUGUUACAAUCAAUUGCAGUGCACAAUUAUCUGUAAGCUACAUCCUUUACGUACUCAAGCAGCAUUUCCUCGUGAUUUCUGGUAUUCGAGGACGGGAGUACAAGCCUAAAUACAACAGAAUCGUUGUAUACUUCCGUAACAUACAUUUGUGUCCUGUAGAUGAGUGGGGAACGUCAGAAGUUGUUGAACUUCUUCUACAACUAAUCCAGCGUAGUGGUUUCUAUGCUGAUACUUUGGAAUGGAUUAGUGUUACGGGACUACAAGUUUGCGGAUCUUUUUCAAGCACUUUCAAAUCAUCUCUUUCGCAGAGAUUCCUCUCCGUUACUCGGUUUUUGGUUACGGAUUAUCCAAGCGAGAAAGAUAUGAGUCUCAUUGUAGAGAAUCAGUUCGCGCCGAUUUUCGCACGCUUCAAAACAUCACGAAUAAGAAUGGAGAAAAUUGCCGAAUCAAUUAUUGCGAUCUAUCAGGAAAUGAAAACUACCUUUACAAUUGAUCAACACAGUCACUAUGUAUUUACUCCAAAGAUGAUUACCAGACUUCUGCUAAAUCUUUCGUACUACCCUGCUGAUAAUCUCCCUGAAGCGCUUCACCACGAAGCUUCCCGAAUGCUUCGAGAUCGCUUGACUUCGAAUGAAGAAAUCAUUCAAUUUGACGAGAUCUUUUCUUCAGCCACAAGGCAGUUCUAUUCUUCGUCCUCCAAAAUGGUUUAUUUCGUUCCUUCAUCAACUAAAACAACCCAACUCCAUAGUGUUCCUGAUGAAGAAUUCUUGGACAGAGUUCAGAGAUCUGUUGGAGUUUGUAAUACGGAACACAUUGCCAUCGAUACGCCAAUGACCAAUCAACUUCUUACAACAGUUGCAGCAAUUUGCCGAGUGAUCUCUCGAUCCGAGACUCACAUGGUCAUCGCAGGCCUAUCAGGAUCUGGACGAAGGGAAUGCGUAUACAUAGCAGGGGUACUUCUUCAAACGAAGAUUUACACCUUACAACCUUCUUCGAAUUAUUCAAUGCCAGAUUUCUUAAAUGAUUUGAAGAUAGCGAUGCAAAGUGCAGCUCUUGAGGAUCAAAACACUAUUCUCUUAAUUGAUCACACUUGGAUAGAGUUCCUUCCAACAAUUCUCGAACCUAUAGAAGCCCUUCUUGAGGGCAGUGAAGUUCCAGAUAUCUUUGGUGAUGAUCUCGAAACGAUAGCCAAUCCACUGAGGAACGCUGCUCAACUGGAAGGCUACCAGGAAUCCCUAGCUUCGUACUUCUUGAAAAGAGUUGGGCAAAAUCUUCACUUGAUUAUCACCCUGGAGAGUUCGUCUCCAAACAUAGAAGAACUCUUCACAAAAUACCCUUCUCUGUAUCGGAACACUGAAAUAUUUUUCGUGCAUCCUCUUUCCUCAGGAGAUCUGGAUCUUUUCUCAAGAAAUUUCCCAGAAUCACUUGAGAAUUUCAAAGAAUUCCCUGUUCCCAAAUACUUUACAGAUGUGAUAGCUACGAGUGGGAAGUGGACACAGUCUCCACAGAGAAUGAAGCAACUAAUCAUAGGAUACAAGAAGAUCUCAUCUUCAUGGUCAAAGAAGAUCUCAGAAAGGAUGGAAAAUCUCAAGGCUGGUGUUGAAAAACUAUCAGAAGCCUACAGUGUGGUUGCUUCUCUCAAAAACGAAGCCACUCAGCAAGAAGAAGCAGUGACAGAGAAGAGAAGACUAGCAGCAGAAUCGCUGGAGAUGAUUUCUGCCACGAUGCGAUCAGCAAAUGAUCAACGAACGGAUCUUUUGGAGUUGAAGAAGAAGACUGAGGAAAGCAGUCGAGCUUUGGUUGAACGUAAGAAAGCAAUUGAAUUGGAACUGAAGGAAGUUGAGCCGUUGCUGAAGGAAGCCAUUGCUGCUGUUGGUCAAAUCAAGACAGAAGCUCUGUCUGAGAUUCGUUCUCUUCGAGCUCCUCCGGAAACUAUCAGAGAUAUUCUAGAGGGUGUUCUUCGAUUAAUGGGAAUUCGUGAUACGUCAUGGAAUAGCAUGAAGACUUUCUUGGCUAAGCGAGGCGUUAAGGAGGACAUAAGAUCUCUUGAUCCGGCAAGGAUAUCACCGGAAAAUUACCAAGCGGUUGAGAAACUCCUCGUCACAAAGGCCGAUUCGUUCGAUAUGAAGAACGCAAAGAGAGCCUCAGCUGCUGCAGCACCUUUAGCUUCCUGGGUCAUUGCGAAUGUUCAGUACGCUAAAGUAGUGCAGAGUAUCAAACCGCUGGAACGGGAACAGAAUCAACUGAAGCAGAAUCUCGAUGAAGCAGAAACUCAAAUGAAGUCUCUAAUGUCUGGACUCGAUGAUGUUGAUUCCCGAGUUAAGGAACUCUCCAAUCAGCUCAAUAUCUACACACAAGAGGCUGCUGUGCUCGAGAUAAAGCUAAAUGACGUCCGUAGUACCCUAACUUCAGCAGAGACCUUGGUGGACAAGCUCAGUUCGGAGUAUCAAAGCUGGAGCGAUCAGAUGCAAAACCUCCAAAAUGAAUUAGAUUCUCUAGCCAUGAAGGCUUUCCUUGUGAGUCUCUGUAUCAAUUUCCUGAGUCAUCUAACUCUCGAGGACAGAUCGUACUGUCUCAAAACAAUUAUCCAGGCAACUGACCUUCCUCCGUUUGAUCUUACAGAAAGUCUUGUGACUGAGCAAGAGAAGAUUAUGUGGGAAAGCAUGGGUUUGACACCGGAUGCUCAAUCUAUUCAAAAUGCUGGGAUAUUGGUUAAGAUUCUAUCCCUCCCUCUUCGAGAUUCUCCAGUUCCCCUCCUUCUGGAUCCUUCAGGGAGUAGUUUUCGGUGGUUUGUUGCAUUCCUGAAUUCUCAAGAGAAAUCUUUCGAAGUAUCCUCGCAAAAUACAGAAAGAUUCGCUUAUACUCUCGAACUUGCUAUUAGAUUCGGGAAAAUACUAAUAGUCCGAGAUGUUGAAACAUUCCUACCAUCUCUUCUCUCAGUGAUCAUCUCAAAAAUUCACGUACGAUUCAAUAAGAAACUUCUUCAAGUAGGAAACAAACUGAUAGAUCUACAUGAUGACUUUCACUUGGUUCUGAUAACAAGCCUCGACAAAUUCGAUCUCACUGCAGAUAUAGAUGCUCUGGUGACUCCCAUUCCUUUCACCACGACAAUCAGUGGUCUCACUGAUCAACUGAUGAGCAAGAGUAUUCUCCUAAAGAGGCCAGAACUCGAGGAGAAACGCAUAAGCCUGCUGCAGAGCGAAGGAAGUAUGCUAAAGGAAAGGGAGAAGCUACAGGAACGUCUCCUGAAUGAACUGUCCAAAGCCCAAGGGGACAUACUCAAAAACGACAAACUAAUAGCAAGUCUUAACGCUGUCAAGGAGAGUUCUGAGUCAAUAGAUGCCUCAAUUAAGGAAUCCACAGGUGUCAGGAAGAAACUCAAGGAAGAUUACAGCAAGUUUCAGAAUUUGUGUGAGAAAUCAGCAAAUUUUUUCAUGGGAAUCGCCGGAAUCUAUCCCCUUUCUGUAAAUCUCUUCGGAGAUAUCUUCACCGACACACUCGGGAAAGAAUCUGACUACGAUGAAGAGAGGAUUUUUUCUCAACUAAUCCAUCGGGUGUACAUGAAUCUAUCCCGAAGUGUAUCUAAGCAAAACUAUAUGCAAUUGGCUCUUCAUGUCUGCAAAAAUGCCUUUCCGGAAAGGGUGCCUGAGAAAGAAUGGGAGCUCUUCAUAACGAAUUUCAUUUCAACUGAGGAUUCUGCUGGGUACCACUUCCCCGAAUGGAUCAAGAAGGAACUGAUCCCGAAGCUAACUACCCUGAGAUCAGCCCAUGUGAAGCUCUAUGAAGUGCUCCAGCUUGAAAACCGAGAUCUUUGGAGUAAUUUCGCUGGAGGGGGUCGUGAGCUUCCAGUAAGGGUCAGUGACUUUCAGAGGAUACUAAUUACUCAGAUCCUACGUCCGGAUCUCAUGAUACAAACUAUCCGGGAGUCAGUGACAAGAAUUCUGGGUUUCAACACUAUGUCUGUGGUCCAACCAUCAAUCCAGCAAUUGGCUCAAGAGGCUAAGAGUGACAAACCCAUCCUGAUAAUCAGUUCCACAGGAACAGACCCUUCAAAGGAUCUCAGAGGAUUCGUUCAAGAGAAGAUGUCUCCUGAGAAAUUUAUUGAAAUCUCCGUAGGAAAAGGCCAGGAACAGCAUAGCAUUCAAGCUCUCAGACAAGCUGCAGAAUCCGGGAAGUGGAUGUGCCUGAAAAACAUCCAUCUCCUGCCAAAGUGGAUUAAAAGCCUAGAAACUGAACUAGCGUCCAUUUCUGCACACAAGGACUUCAGAUUGUGGCUAAUUUGCGAAUCCACAUCAGAUUUCUCAGAAGCCUUCGUCUCAAAGUGUCUCAAGCUUCUAUUUGAGCUACCAAAUGGCGUAAAAUUCAAGGUUCAGCGUCUUCUGAAGCAGUGGGAAUCUCUAAUGACGUCGAAGAGGGAUCCUCGACUCGUUAAAUUAUUCUUUACACUGCUCCUACUCAAUGGAUUGCUUCAGGAGAGAAGGAACUACAUCCCACAGGGAUUUACUAAAUGGUACGAUUUCAGUGACUCAGAUCUGAGGGCAGGGAUAGACUGCGUCAAGUGGAUGGAGACUACCUUUGCCGUAAAGAUGGAAUGGCCAAUCUUACAGGGAUUGCUUGACUGUGUUGCCUUCGGAGGACGCAUAGACAAUACCCAGGAUCACCAGGUUCUCCUUCAUCACCUUCAGGACUUUUUCUGUGACGCCCUACUAACCAGUCGCUGGGUUCCACCAAAUUUCUCAAAACCCAUUCCCCAAAGCGUAAACAUUCAAGACUACUACAGCUUCAUCCACAGUCUCAGUGAUUCGGACGAUCCUGAAGUCUUUGGACUAGCGACUACAACGAAUAUUUCAAGGGACCUACUCUUCUGUAGAAACCUCUUAAAGCACCUAAGAAGUACCUACUACAAAAUAGAUGACCAAGAGAACCUAGAGAAAAGGAUCAGACCUAUCUUGGCUACUUGGAAGAAACUAGUUUCGGGAUCUACUUUGAUGGAAACCUACCAGAACAUAUCGGAAGAUGAUCAUCACUCGGAUCCUUGGAUGACCUUCGUCCUCUCAGAAAUGCGUCUUGCUGGAAAUCUAUUUUCCACAAUUCAUGGAAUGCUGACCAGUCUUCAUAACGCAAUCAGAGAAUCCAGCACAGAGAUGUCGCCAAGUGAGAGAUCAGCUUUGCAGAUCCUCUGCGAAAAUCAAGUGCCUCUCCAAUGGCGAAAACUCUGGUCAGGACCCCGUCUGGCCACAGACUACAUGAAAGCUGUCUCCAUUCGUGCUCACGAGGCCGAGAAACGCUUCCAGAAGCGCAAUGGAGCUGCAGGAUUCUGCGACAGAAUCGACUUUGCAACAAUCUUCAGUCUUGAGAGUUUCCUGGCCAGCCUAAAGCUUUCAACCGCCCGAAAACGCUCAAUAUCGACCUGUCGCUUAACUUUCUGUGCCACCUUCGACGCCAGUGAGACUCUAGCAGAGCCCACCGUCGAGGUGGCUCCCCUGCUAAUCGAUGGCGCCACCAUGCGAGGUGGACGCCUCACAUUCACGUCGCGACGCACCGACGACACUCGCACGCCGCAUUUUCGCAUCACGUACACCAACGCGAUGGCAACAGGUGGUCCCACAGAAAUACCCAUCCCACUGUACACCAAUUCGAGCCGAGAACGUGUUCUUGGGAGAAUUGCUGUAGCCACAGCGGACGGAGAAUCUCCCGACACGCUAGCCACCUACUCUGGCGUCGCUUUUGUCGUUCCCGAUGCUCCACUCUAGAGAGUAGAACACCCACAAAGGUCAUUUGCAACAAUUUUCCACAAAAGUUCUGAUUUCUUUUUCCGUC